AUGGUAGAUGAUGGCUUGAAGAAGAAGGUGAAGAUUAGAUCUCAGAAGAAGAAGAAGAAGAAGAAGAGAGAUUAUAAUGUUCUUUCACAGAUACCAGCUUAUGCUAAAUUCAUGAGAGAGAUAUUGUCCAAGAAGCGAAAAAUGGAAGAGACAUCGGUUGUCAAGCUGACAGAGCAUUGUGAUGCCAUCUUGCAAAAUAAGCUCCCUAAAAAAUGUGGAGAUCCAGGGAGUUUUAUUAUACCUUGCUCUUUAGGAAGGACUAAAUUUUAUAAAUCUUUGUGUGAUUUAGGUGCUUCCAUUAAUCUUAUGCCUUUGUCUAUUUUCAGGAAAUUGAAUGGAGAGAUUGGAGAAAUUUGGUCGAUACAUAUGUCCUUGCAGCUGGUGGAUCAGACCACAAUUAUACCUGAAGGAAUAAUAGAAGAUGUGCUAGUUCGGGUGGAUAAAUUUGUGUUCCCUCUGGACUUCAUUAUGGUUAACAUGGAGGAGAACAGAGAGGUCCUGGUGAUUUUAGGAAGACCCUUCUUGGCUACGGGCAAAGUAAUUCUGGAUAUUCAAGAAAGGUAG